AUGAACUUCAACGAUGAUAACUUUAGUGAUCAUUGGCCGUCACCAAAUAUGAAGAUCUACCGGAAAGAUGAAAGUAUGCGGGACGUGAACAACAGCAAAAAUGGCAAAGUAUGCUCGCUCAUAUUUUCUUCAUCGUUAGCAUCACUUGAAAAUGUUUCUAUGGCCAUAAGAUCAUCCGCGGAACAAUCACUGGCUAAAUCGUUAUCUCCUACAGUUGAAGAAAUCUCUAUCUAUGACGUAAGAAGUCAUCGGAAACGUAUCGUUUUACUUGCGGCUUUGGCAAUGAUUGCUUUUCUACUUCCAUUUUGCGAUACUAUCUAUUUGCCUGUUCUCAAUGAUAUUGUGAGGGAUUUGAAAACGUCUAAUACCCUCGUAGCACUCAGUAUCUCAAUUUACUUGUUCAUGAGUGGGUUUUGGAGUCUUUUUUGGGGAUGCAUAUCAGACCGAUACGGACAAAAGAUUACUGUGGUUGUAGCGCUCACUAUCUUCGUAGUAGCAUCAAUAAUAUGCAUAUUUGCUCAUAACAUUGCCGUUCUCAUUGUAUUUCGAGCCAUAGAAGGUGGCGCCGUAUCAGCAACGCUCGUGGUUGGUCAGUCUUUGGUGGCAGAUAUUUAUCCAGAGGAAAAACGAGGAUUGGCAGUUGCAUUCUUUUAUGUACCUUUUAACAUUGGUCCUGUAAUUGGUCCUUUGAUCGGAGGUCCAUUAUCGCAAGCGUUUGGUUGGCAUAGUACUUUCAUAUUCUUGUCAAUCUUUUCAUUUUGUGUUCUUCUCAUAAUGUUGAUAAUCGUGCCAGAAACGCAUCAAUAUUUUGUGAAGAACCGUUUCCAUAAAGCGAAUCCAACCAAAUGCAUAAUCGACGCUCAGCCAAAUGAAUUAAUGCCAUUUCGAAAACCGUGGCAACCACUAACUUAUUUGGCUGACUUGACAAUAAUUCCUUAUAUUGCUGUGAUGACAACGACCCUUGCUACUCUAUACUCCAGUCUCACUUUAUUUUCUACUUAUCUUAGCGCGAGACCCUAUAGCUACUCAGAAACCAUUAUUGGUCUACUCUUCGUACCAGGUGGACUAGCCAUGUUCGCAAGUAGUAUCCUUAGUGGAUGGCUGUCGGACAAAGCUAGCAAACAUUAUGGACAUGAAAGAUGUCCUGAAGGACGUCUUUUGCCUGCUAUCGCCUUAUCCAUUCUUCAUCCAAUCGGAUUAAUUAUUUAUGGAUGGACAUUUCACUACAAGCUUAAUCUGGCUGGACCACUCAUUGGUUUCAUUUUGAUUAGCAUUGGUCAAGCGGUUCUCGAACCAAGCGUAUCAUCUUAUUUAACAGCCAAGAAACAGAGUGAAGCUGGAGCAGUAUCAGCCGCCAACAAUUUUGUUAACUGUUGUGCAGCAGGCAUUCUUGUGACCGUUGCCAUUCCUUUAGAAAAUGCAAUGCAAACGGGACCUUACUUUUCUCUCUUAUGUGGCAUCAAUGUAGUCUCUAUAACGCUAGACAGUAUACCAGUCUACAAGCAUAUAAGACAAUCAAAGCUUGUAAUUGAAAAGCUAAAUGGAUCGACAAUUAAUCAAAAAACAGAUUCACCUUCCAUCCAAUCAAUAACAAAAUUUUAA